CUAAAUUUUCACUCCUCCGUCCCUGUCCCUGUCCCUGUCCCUGUCCCUGGCUGCUGACUUGCCCAGUGAAUAUUCAUAUCUCCCGGAACGCUCUCGAUCGCGACGCUUGCCAGGUUUGCGCCUUCGACGCUCGUCACUUUUACAGGCCGUCUUUUGCUGCUCGACUAUAUAGGGUUAUCGAUUCAAGUCCCGCGUUUGAUCAGUCUGUCAAUCUUCUUUUUUUUUCUAUUUCGAGUUUGGGAAUAAUGAGUGCGUGUAGUUUGCUGCUUGGGUAAAAAAGGAAAAUAGCUUUUCAGUUAUGAAGAUAUGAUGUUUAUGGAUCCGUUUUUGGGAAUCUUGCAUAAUUUUAUGUCUCCUCUGAGAUCAUUUACCUAAAGUUCACAAAUUUGAGUCUUGAAUCUAUGUGCUCUUAGGAAUUGAGGAAUUGAGGGUCCAUGCCUUGAGGCGUUUUGUUAGUUUAGUUUCAAUUGGUUAUGUUUUUGGUGACUUCUGCCUUUAAUUUUUUUAAGUAGGUUUUUUUGUUUGUUUUAGUUUACAUAUCCUGGACGAAAUCUCCAAAAGACUGAGUUUUUGUUGCCUAGAGUUUUUCAUCAGCGGGCUUCCUCCUAUGUCAUUAUGUGUUCAUGGGUUUGUGCCUGAAUUUUUGAGUGCCUCGACAAUAACGCUGCCCUUUAAAUGUCCACACAUGAACUUCUAAAUGUCUUCAUCCAUCCACACACCCUUGAUUCAGUUGAUUGAACUGCCAUAUUCAAUAUUCCACAUUUCAAAAUGUCCAGUGUAGACUGUUUAUACAUUUUGAUUUGAUAUGAAUGAAGUUGGAUAAUUUUUCUGUUUUUAUGUUUAAUUUUAUAAGGUGUUGACUCUUAUAUGUUCAGGUGUUGAUCAGAAAGGGAAAAGAUGGGAAGUAAUGGAGCUGAGUACAUAAAAGUUUCUGGGAUCAAUGAGGCUGAAUGUCCGGAGGCCACUGUUGAGAUUAAGAUAAAGACAUUGGAUUCACAAACAUACACCAUGCGUGUAGACAAAUGUGUUCCUGUUCCUGCAUUAAAGGAUCAAAUUGCAACAGUCACUGGUGUCUUGUCAGAACAGCAACGACUUAUAUGUCGUGGAAAAGUUUUGAAAGAUGAUCAACUUCUUUCAGCUUAUCACGUGGAAGAUGGGCACACUCUGCAUCUGGUUGUGAGGCAACAUCCACCAGAAAGCAACCCUGACACUCAAGGAGCCUCUGAUGCAUCAAGUCCAGGCAAUACUUAUAGCAGUUCGUUUGGCCCUGGUCUAUUUGUGGGAACUUUAAAUUUAUCUGAACCCUCCGAUGGGGUGGCUUCUGAUAUGAGCCGGAUUUUCUCAGCUCUACUUGGUUCCAUUGGAAUUGCGAAUAUUGGGAGUGGAAGUGAGGGGAUUGAUCUCAAUGGUCUUGGUAAUUUAAGAAAUUCUUCUAGACAGCAGAGUGAACAAGGUGGUUCAAGGGAUCAAUCUAAUUCAAGUUUUGAUGCUUAUGCUCGACCAGUAAAUGUUCCACUGGAUUCCAUGCAACUGCCGGUUGUUCCCGACUCCUUGGCAACUUUGUCACAGUACUUGACUCAUCUGAGGGAAGAUUUUGAUGCAAGUGUUAGAGGACCAGGUGGAAUUUCUCUGGCUUCUGGAACACGUGGAAGCAACAGACGAGGUUCAAAUGUUUCCUCAUAUUCACCUGAGCAGGGAGGCCUUCCAACACCAGAGCUGUUGGCAGAUGUGAUGCUUUCUACUAGACAAUUAGUUGUUGAGCAAGCUGCAGAGUGCUUAUUGCAACUGUCAAGGCAACUAGAGGAUCAGGCAAACGUAACAGAUACAACAGAUAGAAUGAGGAUUCAAUCUCUUGCUUUGAGAUCAGGAGCGUUUUUUCAAAAUUUAGGCGCUUUAUUACUUGAGCUAGGGCGGACAACAAUGACAUUACGGAUCGGUCAAACACCGGAUAAUGCUGUGGUGAAUGCCGGGCCUGCUGUUUUUGUAUCUGCAACUGGACCCAAUCCAAUAAUGGUUCAGCCACAACCUUUUCAAGCAGGCACAGGAAUUGGUUCAUUACCACUUGGAUCUGGAAUUUCUGGCGGCCCCACAGGAUCUAGCUUCAUCCCUAGAAAUAUUGAUAUCAGAAUACGAACAGGUGCAUAUAUGCCAUCCACUGUUAGCCGUAGAGAUUCAACUGUUACGGAGAAUCCGGGCCAAGCUGCUCCUGGCGCUCCCAAUGGUGAAGAUUCGAAUCAUCGAGGCACUGAAGAUGCUUCACAAGGAUCUGAGCCAAAUCUUCCACCCGGUGUUGAGAUUGGGCAACCGCCAAACACAGAGGCUGCAGGACAGCGAAACAUUAGACUGUUUGGAGUGAAUGUCAAUCGUAGCUCAACUGGUGAAAUGUCAAGUAGAGUUGAAAACUUUUUGAGAGCAUUAUUCCCUGGUGAGCAGAUUCAGAUUGAUGAGAGUGCCAGUGUUCAUGGCAUGAAUACAAAUCCUGCUACUGGUGAGAAUGGAGCAACUCAAAAUACAGCUGCUUCUCAAGAAACUGGAUCAAUAGUAGAAGACGAAGGAAUUUUUUUGUCAAAUAUACUGCGUCACAUCAUGCCAAUGAUAUCCGAAAGCAUUGAAACGGCACCCAAUGCCUCACCCAGCGAACAAGCUGAUGAUGAUGAUGAUGAUGAGGAUAGAAGUUCACAAGCUUCAGCACAGGCUCAAGAGAAUAUAGAUCAGGCAUCCUCCUCUCGGCGUCCACGUGACCCUCGAUCACAACCUGGAUCAAAACGUCAAAAGCGGGUGUGAUUAAAAUUUGCCGGGUGUGGACUGAAUGCACGGAUGAUUUUUGGAUUUGUAUCGUUCUAAGGAGACACUUGCUACCAGCUAAGGUUAUUUCUUGGACUUCUCCAUCUUGGCAAAUCCGAGGAACAUUUAUCUUUGGUUUGAAGCUUAUAUGAUGAUAGGAUGCUUAAGAUAAUUAUCGGAAUGUCAUUUUGAUUUGUUCUCCCCUGGCUAGAUCUCUUUGCUUCGAAAUACGAAAAUUUUUUCAUGAUUUGUUAUGUUCUGAAUGUUUUUUAUCUUGUUUUUUUUAAAUCUAAAAUGUAAUUGAUCUCUCUGUUGUUUAUAUGCGUUUAUCGGAUAUGUAUUUUUUUUUAUUAAAAAAAAUAAGGUAAGAAUGCUAUUUGUUUCUAGUAUCAACAUUUGGUUUGAUCAUGUUUCAAAAAAAAAGAAGAUUCGGUU